CACAGACAGCGCCGGCCGGCCGGGCCCGACAGACCAGACCAGACCAGACCAGACCACUACAAGCCGCAGCCCACGGAGAAGGGAGGUCAUGUGGCUGGCGACCUGUCAUCUUACACAGAGUGAAGAAUUUGUGAAAUCAUAACAUGGUUAUCAAGGUGUUUUUUCCAAGUUGCUGCCCAGAAGCAGAGAGUGGCCUGCUGUUAGGUCGCUGGAUUCCAGAGCAGAAUGCUGCCGUGGUCCUGGCAAUUAUUCACUACCCUUUCAUCCCUGGGCAAGUGAAGCAGUAUCUCGAGCAGAUUAAGAACGAGACUACGGUAAACGUCUCUGUGCUUGGAUCCUGGAGCAGUCACAGUUCUCGGACAAAGGACAACAUUGACCAGUUUCUGCAAGAUCUGAGCUCCAUCUUUCCGCAUGAUUUCUGGUUCCAGCUAACGCAGGAGAAAGAAAGCAGAUCAGUAUUCAAAUGUCACGUGGUUCAACAAUGCGACAGCAAGAACGACAAGGAAAAUGUUAUCUUAAUCCACUACGAUCAACGCAAGGUUAUGCUGUCAAAGUUACAUGAUGUAGAUUCUAAAAGCAUCGGGUGCAACCACAACACUGGAGAGGAGGGAGAAGCAAUUACCUCGGAUUUUGCUGCAAUUUUUGAUAUUGUCGCUAAAUGCGAACUUUUGUUUAUGAUUGACAAAUAUGAUGAAACUCCAAUCAAAUUUACUCACUGGCAGUCUGAAGGACGAGAGACUAGUAUUAUUGUGGAACUUGCAAAGCAAGCAUCGGUGCCUGUGUGUAUGGUCCUUUUGUUCCUGGUGACUUUUGUGUUGAAUAUCUGCAAAAGCAGAGUAUUAAACGUAUGGCCUCUGCACAUUUUAUGGAGUAGGCUGACAACAUGUGUGCAACUUGCACAUCGCUUGGACCACUUGCAGACGAUUGCAAGUUCUACAAAAGCACAGAGUCACACAGAAUUUAUGAGAAAAGCCAACCUCUUUGUUUCAUUCCUAAUUGAUGUGGGCCUUGGAAUGUUGCUGAUCUCAUGGCUUUAUCAGCAGAAUCGUAUUGGCCAGUUAGCGGAUGCUCUCAUCCCAGCUGCUGAUAGGAAGAUUAACGAGGACAGUGUGGAGAAGUCCUCAAGGACUUUAGUCGGGCCUUUCAAUCGGUACUGCUUGAUAAGCUGGUCUGAAGGGUUAGAGCACAUGGGAUCCAGGAUGGGAUUGAAGCAUAUUGCGAAAGAGUUAGAGAUACUGUUGGAGUGGCUGAUGGGAGCUCCAGCUGGUUUGAAGAUGAACAAAGCACUAGACGAAGUACUGGGACAUUUUUUUCUUUAUCACAUCCAUCUUUGGAUAAGUUAUAUCCAUCUGAUGUCACCAUUUAUUGAGAUGAUCCUGUGGUAUGUUGGACUAUCAGCAUGUCUAGGCUUGACAGUGGCGUUAUCCAUUGGUUCUGACAUUAUUGCCUUGCUGACAUUUCACAUCUACUGUUUUUAUGUAUAUGGGGCCAGAAUCUAUUGUUUGAAGAUCUAUGGCUUGUCAUCUCUCUGGCGGUUGUUCAGAGGGAAGAAAUGGAAUGUUCUGAGGCAGCGUGUGGACUCCUGCAGUUAUGAUUUAGAUCAGUUGUUUAUUGGGACAUUACUGUUCACAGUUCUUCUGUUCCUCUUGCCAACGACAGCGCUGUAUUACCUCGUCUUUACACUGCUACGAUUGGUGGUGGUGGUAAUUCAGGGUUUCAUUCACUUGCUCGUGGACCUCAUUAACUCUCUCCCAUUAUACGCAUUAGGACUCAGACUGUGCCGUCCUUACGUCCUUGCAGCUGGUGUAAAGUUUGACGUAUUCCAGAAGGUUGCUGGUAAACCUCUUCACUUGUUGAUGCAGAUUAAUCCGUUGACCUAUGGAAUGAUAAUCAAACGCUACAGACUUCCAACCUACAGCUCUUAUCCAAAAGACUCCUGGGCAGCGCUUUGUAAGAAGCUGUUUAUUGGGAGACUGAUUUAUCCAUGGAAACGCAGAAAUGAGAAACAAGACUGAGGAAAUGCAGUCAAAGAGGGGAGCAGUCUUAAAGUCCGUGUCCAUUUUCCUGCAUUACCCCUGGAUUGCUCUUUGUUUUAAAAAAUGAUAUGUUUUUUUCUUUUAAAUAAGGUUGAAUUGCCAUAUUUGUUUAAGAAAGAAAAUCUUUAAUAUCAGAUUUAUUUUACUAUUACCAAAAUUAUGGUGUCGAAUUGCCAGUAGAUAACAUAAUACUGCUGUUUUUUUAAUAACAUACAAUAAAGAUAAAAUGUUAAAAUAUCCCUUAGGAUAUUAAAUGUAUCCAUGUCUCAGGGUACCGUUCCACAUUUUACCUCUUCCAUUAGAGCAAACAUGCUUUUUUAUUUAUUGGUUAGGUAGAAGAUUUGAAAUUUAUAAGAAUGCACUUCUGUUUGCUGUAUGUAUGCAACAUUAUUGCACUGUUUUUAGAUAAAAUCAUGUUUCAUUCAUUAAGGGAAUGUAUUUCAUUUUUGUAUUUAGUAACAUAUUGGUACUUUAAAUGCCCAACUGAAUCCUAAUUUUCUUUUACCAAUUAUUCUGAGCCAUUUAAAAAAAAAUCUAAUUAACGCAAUCAUCUCUCAAUUGAAUACAGUGGUAUAAUCUGCAUUAAUUUUGGAGAAAUUGAAAAGGGAAAUUCCCCAUUUAAAAAAUGAAAACUAAUAUCUGUCAAUCUGAUAUAAUAACCAUGUGUUUGCCUGCAAUGGAACAAUCUGACUAAAUAGUUUUGCAUUUUCCUCACUUCCUUGAUUAUGAUGUUGUUUUCCAGAUGUACAGAGAAGGACGACUUAAAUGUUACCUUUCUCUACCCAUCGCUGUGCCCAAACAAUGUUUGUCUUUUUUUCGGGAAAAAUACAAUAUUUUAAUAAUGCAUUUUAUAGCACAAACCUGUUACCAUGCAAUUGUUUAAAAAUAACGUGUUCCUUCUCUGCACAACAUGAUGUCUAUAGUUCUUCGCUCUUGCCUGAAAGCUAUUUUCCUGGGCCAGUCAUAACAUUUUCUGGAAGGGGUUAUAUUGUCUUUUGAUCUUGUGAUGAAUCUAACAGAUUGUAAUAUGAAUACUUUCAUUGGCCUGGGAUUUCCUGAAAGCUCACACUGAAACAAUGACAUCAGCAAUGUUGCUUUUAUAAUAUAAGAAAUGUACAUCUGAGUUUGCUGGCUUGUUUUUUUUUGUUUUUUUUACUAAAACUCUUCCAUAAUUCUCAUUUGCUAAUAUACAAAAUUGCAUGUAAAAUUAUUGACUCCUAGUAACUAUAUAUCUAAACCUGAAGAUUUUGGUACAACAAAUUUCUAUUUCUAGUGUUUAAUGGCUACUUAUUUUUCACUUAGUCAUACAACUUCAGUUCUUUAUCAAUGCAUGCAUCAUUCAUGUAUCAGAAUAAUUUGUAAUUGAAAUUGAUCAUAGUCAUACAGCACAGAAAACUAUGUCCUCCUUAAACCUAUGUCCUCUGGUUCUUGAUUCUCCUACCCUGGGUUAAAGACUCAGAUCUUCUCUAAGAUCACCUCUUUAGGAUAACACCUCAUCCUUCUGCGCUCCAAGGAAUAAAGUCCGAGCCUGCUAAAUCUCUCUUAAUAGCUCAGGCCCUCAAAUGCUGGCAACAUCCUCGUAAAUCUUCUCUGCACUAUUUGCAGCUUAACAACACCUUCCCUAUAGCAGGGUGACAAGACUGAACCCAAUACUCCGAAUGUGGCCUCACCAAUGUCUAGGACAACUGUAACAGAACAUCCAACAAUCAAAUCCAACCUUUGUCUUUCCCUGUAUGCCCUGGGACAGGAAUUUGUUCUCAGUUCCUUAUACUAAAUGUACAAUAUAGCAGCUCUGUGUUAUACUCCUCUGAGGAAGAAUUGCUGUGUCCAAUGUGCACAAGAUGUUUUACAAACUUCAGUUUUCAUAGACUGCGGGUCAGAGGGAAUGUGGUACGUUUUGUAGUUUCCAAUAGCCUAAUUAUUGAUGAUGAUUUCCCUUUACCCCACUUAUUACAUGCCUGGUUGUAACUUCCAGGCAGAUGGGAAUGAGAUUCUCUGGAGGUUUUAGGGUGCAACUCUCCAGUAGAUAAAUCAGUUUGAAUUGUCUGAUUUUGUGAAAUUACUGACCACAUAUGUGAUCAAAUUGAUUUUCUGCAGACAAUAUUACUUUCAGAAUUGUACUACCUGGUUUUGUAAAAGUCAAAUUGUUGAUAAAAAUGAAAAUUGAUUAGCAUAGUGAAUAAAAUCUCUCAAUGUCA